UAUGGUAGAGCCGGCCUCGGAGUUGGCUUCGGCGGUGGUGGCUGCCCUGAGAAGACCGGGGGGUUCCAACUUUCCUAUUCAUCUGGGAAGCAUUGGGCGCGAAGGGUCGCGAUGUCAGAGAAAAAGCAGCCGGUAGAUUUGGGUCUCCUAGAGGAGGACGACGAGUUCGAGGAGUUCCCUGCCGAAGACUGGGCUGGUUUAGAUGAAGAUGAAGAUGCACAUGUCUGGGAGGAUAAUUGGGAUGAUGACAAUGUAGAGGAUGACUUCUCCAAUCAGUUACGAGCCGAACUAGAGAAACAUGGUUAUAAGAUGGAGACUUCAUAGCGUCCAGAAGAAGUGUGAAAGUAACCUAAACUUGAACUGUUUACCAAAUUCUAGGACAGAGAACCCAGGAUGGAACACUUAAAAAAUGUUUAUUUCAUUAUCUGCUUGGAUUUAUUUUUGGUUUUAUAACAAAAAAACAAAUAAAUGUUUUGGUCUAA